GCGCGCUCAUUCCUGUGCUUUUCGCCGUCCGCACGUCGGGACGAGGCUUCGUUGCCCCUAUUCUUCACACUGUAAUGAGAAAACAUUGAGGGGGGAAAAGUCGCCGUCGACAUGUUAUCCACCCGUGGUUCAGCUUCGCGCAUGCCGCGGCUUCAGGGCAUUUCUAUCGUGCGGGGCCCUGAACCUAGAGGUUUUUGUCGGAAACAGAGGAAGCGGUGCGAACAGACUCGCAAAGGUAGAGAUUUUUGCGAGCCGCUCUUCCUUUCGUUUUAAUUUUUCUUUUUCGUCUGUAUCGACGAGAAGCGCAAACGGACAUGCCGCGCCUCCAUCGUCGUCCGUCGUGCGAGAACCGGCGUUGCUCAAUCAGCUGUCGCCUGGUCACGGCCUUUUUGUUUCUUCUUGAUCGUGGCUUAUUUUACCGAGAAGACGAAGUGAUUUUUUUUUUUUACAGUUUUUGCCUGUACAGCGCUGGAUUACUGCUGCUGAGUAGCGGAGUAGCUUCAUUGCUGCUGCGUCUGAAAGUGAUUCGUCGUUUCGUUGUAACUGCACGUUCCUGUUUAAUUUUUGGUUGAGCACUUGCUGUGGAGCUUGCGCAUUGUUGAAAAAGAAAAGGAAGUGCCGCUUCGCGCGCUAAAUGCGAUUAAAAUCGUAGCAAUGAGCUCGUGACUCCUGCGCAUACUGUCUGUGCGCAUGUUUCUUUCUCAGUAGCAGUCAUUGAGGUAGCGCGCGCGACAUUUCACUUCGUUCCAUGCAACUUCGUGCGCUCACGUUGCCAGUAUGAGCUCCGGGAACAUGUCUAAAGAUUGUUUUGGCUGCUGGUGGCUCUCCCCAUGUUGGUCUAGGAUGACCAUGACCGCGCGCAUCAAACAGGUUGUGAGCAAGAACAAGAAGCGAUACCAGGAUGAGGACUUCGACUUGGACUUGUCAUACAUUAGCGACAAUAUCAUUGCCAUGGGCUUCCCGGCUGAGAAACUGGAAGGAGUCUUUCGCAACCACAUGGAUGAUGUCCAGAAGUUUCUUGAAAAGAAGCACAAAGGCCACUACAAGAUAUACAACCUGUGCUCUGAGCGGCAAUACGAUGCCAAGAAGUUUGAGAACAGAGUGGCACACUACCCAUUCAAGGACCACAACCCACCGAAAAUUGACCUCAUCAAGCCUUUCUGCGAGGAUGUUGCUGAGUGGCUGUCCAAACACCCGGCUAAUGUUGCUGUCAUCCACUGCAAAGCGGGCAAGGGUCGAACAGGAGUGAUGGUGUGCUCAUACCUGGUACACAGCCGCAUGUUUGCCACUGCUGGGGAGGCUCUCUCUUAUUACAGUGAGCGCAGGACGAAAGACCUCAAGGGGGUGACAAUCCCAAGUCAGCGGCGGUAUGUGGAGUACUAUGCCAAGCUAGUCAGCACACGUGCGGAGUACAACCCAGAGACGCUGGUGCUGGACUCGCUCUCUCUUGAGCCCGUGCCUACGUUCAACGGAGGGACCUGCUCGCCAUUCUUCCUGGUUUGGAAGAGUGAUGCCAACACCAUGGAGAAGUUGUACAUGUCUCCUGUGAUCGAGGGACGUAAAGGCAACUCCUCGUCGCUAUGCUUCCACCUAGGACGCAGAGUGGCCCUCAAGGGCGACAUCAAAGUGGAGGUCUACAACAAGCCCAAAAUGAUGAAGAAGGAAAAGAUGUUCCAGUUCUGGUUCAACACCUUCUUUGUACCUCCAAGCUGCAAUAGUAGCAGUGGUGGCAGCAGUGUAGGGCGAGGUGACGCACACUCACACCCCAAUGGUGUCGCAGGAGGAGGAGGAGGAGGAGGAGGAGCAGCAGCAGCGCCUGCAGAGCUCAGGGUUCACAAUGGGGGAGAAGAGGAGGUGAGGACGUUAGUCCUGUGCAAGGACGACCUUGACAAGGCAUACAAGGACAAGACUCAUAGCAAAUUCAGUAAGGACUUCAAGGUGUCACUAAAGUUUGUAUCCCCAAGCCACCUGUGCCCCUCGGGUGCUGGGGGUGACGAUCCCAGCAGCGAUAUUGAGCCAGGCUCUGAGAGUGACACCACAGACGACGAUGAUUGGGACACACAGGAGGCGACCCACAUCUAGGUCCGGCUCUCUCCACCCUUCACACACACACCUGCCACUUCCCACAACUCACCGCUGCCCCCCCCUCUCCCCCGCUGCUUGGAGGGUUCCACCACGAGCACAAGUGAACCCCCUCAUUAUUUCACCACACCAUUGGCAUUCUCUCUCUCUCACCCACAUACUUGUGUAAUGUGUUGCCAUGUGUUUGUAUAUGUGCAUAUAUCUGUAUGUGGAGUUGGCAGUGUACUUUGCUAUGGCAAGGUUCUGUAUUUAUUCAGUUGUUGACCAGACAUUUUGCCUUUGAGGAGGCAGACCUUUGUUGGACUAGUUAUAGCAUCUGGUUUAAAAAAAAGAAGUGAGAAGUUUACACAGUGUGCUGUUUGUAUUGUUCAGUUCUUACUCACAGUUAAUUCUUGUGGUUGACAGUGGGUGCCGGCAAUUGGCUGUAGCAUGUGGCUAAAAAGCAUUAAUGCAGUUUGCUUUUGAGAACGGAACUGCUGACGGGAAGCACUCUGUAAACGAGCGCCGUGCUUUUAUUAGGGGAUAAUUUUUGACAAUUUUUGGAUGCAUCUUCAAUUUUGAUCCAUGGCAAGUGGGAAGUCGCCAUGCGGUAAAGAAAAGGCAUAUUUGGGAGAGGAGGUUUUAGACAGCUGAAACUCCUGUGGCAAUAUAAAUGUCGAAAAGAUAAAAAGAUUUGCGUGUGUGUGCUUGCGUGUGUGUGCUUGCGUGCGUGUGCAUGCGUACGUGUGUGUGUGUGUGUGUGUGUGUGUGUGUGUGUGUGUGUGUGUGUGUGUGUGUGCAAUAAUCAUUUUUGAUAGCCUUUUUUUAAGGAAUGUGUUUUGCUUUUAAUACCUUUGGUUGGAAAAGACUGCAAGGUCUAAACUUCGGUGUUUUUAAAAUACAGAGAUAAGCUAUUAUUUGUGCAGGCAGGUGUUUGGGUCAUAGUUAAGUACCUGGCAAUGCUCCAACAUCGCUAGUGCAGAUUUCUUUGUGAUACGACAUUUUGAAGGUUUUAUUUUCUUCAUAAAGAAUCUGCUGUAAUGCAGUGGCACUGUGUUCAAAAUGGCAUUGACAUGGCUUUCAGCCUUUGACGUACGUGUAGGUUAUAGCACAGCCUUCUCCGUGCAUAAGGCGAUUGAUGUGAAACCAGAGAAGACUGGUCACUUUAGUGACCUGAUUGUCAAAGUUGCCAUGCUGUAUUGUCAUUGGGCGUAAUCAGGUUGCAUUAGAAUAUGGGGAAAGACUGGAUGACUGCAAGAUCCAGAAAGGAGCAGUACUGGGCCUGGAUAAUGUAAAACUAUUUCAGUCUGUUUUUAUUCCAAUCAUCCAUUUGCCCUCCGUGAUAGGUCAAAAUGGCUCGGGCUUUGCGUGUAUGUGCACGGAGCCCACUCAUAUAGGCUGGGCCUGAGCUAUUUUGACCUAUCAUGUAAGGUUAAUGGCGGAUUUGGAAUAAAAACAGAUUGGAAUAGUUUUAUAUUAUUCCAGCCUUGCUGUUGUUACUGUUCACUUUGUUCUGUGCUCAUCUGAUACCUAUUGUUUAAUGAACCAAAAUGUACUGUCCUUUAGCACGGUGUAAUUUGGGGCUUCACAAUUUUCGUUCGGUUUGUACUCCACUGCAACUGUUAGAAUGCUCCACCUGAUUUUUAAGCACCUGUUAGUGAAGGCAAACUUUAGUGGCUAAGUUUUCAGGCUUCUUGUGUUUGCCUGUAGCAUGUGCAGUGUGUGGAAGGCUUGCUUUUCCAGUGAAUCUUGGUCACCGAGCCCAGCUUUUUUAGUUUUUUUUUUCCCUUCCCAGUCAGUGAGUUCUUUGGGUAAAGGAAGCCUUGAUUAUGGAUUAUUUUUAGGAGUACCUGGAUAUAUGUAUGUAUAGGUAUAUAUACGCACAGGCUAUAAAUAGAUUUUUAUGAAGGCCAUGUGUGCUUGAAGAAGCUAAAGAAUCCUUUGCCGAAGAAGCUAAAGCAUCCGGUGAUCAUACCUUUUAGUGUAGUAAAUGAAAAUUACACUGUGCAAAUCUAAGUUAUAAUUGAAAAAGGCCAGUCUGCACACCGUCAAAGCAUAGUAGUGUUUGUGCGUUUCACGCUGUAGUGUAGCUAAAAAAAAUUAGCAGUAUGGAGUGACAGAUAUGCAAGUUAAGAUAAUAAUAAGAAUGCUGUGUAAUACGUAUUGAGAUCUUGCUGCCAGUUUACAUUUCCUAUAAUUUAAAUGCUUAGCCCUUAAAAGGAAGCUUUAAGGGCCCCUCACCAGGACUGGGCAUUUUGAGCUGACAAACGCAGAGCAUACAAUGCGCUAUAACGAUGAUGUCUGCAAAGUAUUACAUUGCUACGUGCCGUGGAAAGAUCUGAAAUUUCAAACCUAAUGCCGUUUUCCCUUCUUGCGGCCUGCGCACUCCAAUCCGGAGGAUGACGUACACGUGCUAGUGUGCCUACGUACACGUGUUCGCUGUGACGUCACUCGUGGUGACAAGUGACUUUGAGAAUUAUUCUAGGAAACAUCUGUUAUUUGUGUAAUAUGUUGCUUGGAUAGACGAAUUAAAGCUUAGAGAAAUAAUAAAACACACAAACCGAAUGUCUGCAUGUAUUUGUUUUACUUGGCACUGCAGCAAGAGAGGUGUACUUCCGUUUCGUAUGCUUGUCCCCACGUCGUGCAGUCGCACGGGCAAACACCAAAACUAUUUCAUUUUCUACCAUGUUCCAGCGCGAGAUCAUGCUCUGUUAUCCACUUGUGUCUGCCUCAGUAUUCGUGUAGCAAUUGCUUAUAGCACUAGUCAGGUGUUCUCAUGCACAGCGCACAAAAUUGUAUGCUGCGCGAAACGAGACAAUCGCAACAGCUUGUGCGCGAUGCCAUCAGCGGAAGUGUGCUGUGCUGCAAAAAAGCGAGGAGGAAAAAAAAAUAAAGGCAGGGCCCGUGAUGUAUGUGUCACGCGAUCCUCGAGGUCCGGAAUGGGAGAACGCAGUGAAGGAAUUUUGCUUGCCGAGGCUAGACUGGGCAAAUGGAGAGAGUGUCUUGCUUAGCAGUGGAGCUCGCCUCCUGAAAUCAUGGGUUCGUGGCACUGAAAUAUUUCUGUCUUGGCUAUUAAUCAGCCAAUUUGAAAAAUUUUUGGGGCAGAACACUCCCUAGAGGACACGUAACUUCCAGCGUACAACCAAAAUUUGCUAUGGGGCCUGGUGAGGGGCCCUUUAAAGGGGCACUGUAGGAAAAUAUUAAGUUGAGUUAGAUUGAAAGAUAUUGUAUUUGAAAGAUCCUUAAUAACAAGUUCAUCAUUUGUAGUGAGAACAGACCUUUCUAAGCGAGAAAACGACAAAAAUUAGAAACAGGAGUGGCACCACUUGUGGAAUAUACCUCCUAUGGGACAUCAGCACUGGCUGAUUUGCAGAGUGAGGAAUGGAGGGAAGGCAUGUGGAGAUUAUGUCAACUCGCCCUUUGUGGCACGUUCCAUUCAAAUUGAGUAGCGACAGCGGGGCUUUUGGCAGCAGUUAUUUAAGCAACAAAGGGAUGUUUGGGCACACAGAAAACGAUGAUAGGCUUCUGGACAAACAAACUAUUAAUCUAGCUCAACUUAUUACAUAUUUUCCUUUAGUGUCCUGUUAACAAAAGUUAUAUUUACUGGAGUACUGGUCACAUUAAAAUAUUGCACAUGGCCAUGAGUACCGUGGGUUUACCACCGAAAUUCCACAGCUUUAUGUUCGUAAAUGUUUUAUUCCUGUGUAUGUUAGUCAUUGUAAGACAAGUGGGAAGUAGCUCAACUUUGGAGAUACCAUCUGUAUUCGCAGAAAAUCUUUCAAUUUUCUUCUAUGUGUUAAUUAAAAAAAAAAAUCAAGCACACACAUGUUGGGUUCAUUCUCCUAGAGGGAACAAAGGUGUUGCUUGGAUGCGUAGUUGCGUACAUGCACAUCAAUCCUAAGAACGUUGAGGUCUUUUUUAGAGAAUUCCUUGUGUGCAGGCAGUUUAUAAUUGCACCAUAGAUGCACAAGCUAGUGACCGAUACCUGACAGCUGAAGGCUUUGACAGUGAUCCUUAGCACUUGUUUUCAAAGGCUGCAUUUUUUUACUGGUGUAAUUAAAAACGAGCACUUCUGUGAGUUUCUGAAGUCUUACUGCUUGCACUUACACCCUGUAUAUAUGUGUAUAUGUAGAAACUUUGUACAAGGCUACAUUAAUAAAAGUGUGAAUGUAGAUGUGGGUUACCAAAACCCUGUACGAUACUGUGUCAGAAAAAUUUGGUGGAGGCAUUGCAAAAUGUUAGUGUAAUUGGUAAACGAUGGAAGACACAUUUAUAUUGAAUUCUGCCCUGUGUUUUGCUUUAUUGAACAUUGGCAUGCAUAGUCAAUGCUACCCCCGUGAGGAGAUAUGUAACCUGCAUUCUUGCAGUGCAUUUGUGCAGCUUCACUCUCCCGGCAAAGUGAGUUGCAAGUGAAGGCCGCAGAUAUGUGCUGGUAUUGGCACUUUUGAGGCUCAGUGAUCUCAUAGUGUAGACCAAUGACAUUGCACUGGCUGUUAAAACGCUACCGUGUGAUGCUUUUCUGGCUUUCAGGCUAUAAAACUGUGGUCUGCUGCAUGUCUCAACAGUGUGUAGCGUUUGCUCUUGUUUUGCUGUGUUGUCCUGCAUUUUAGAAUCAAACAAUAUUGAAUUGCGAUGGGAGAGGUUUGUGUGCCUCAUGUGAAUGAUGUGCAUGAUGCUUGGGAGUCAGUGCAAUGUGUGAAGGUAAAAUAUGGUCACCCAGCUUUGUUUUGCAAAAAUUUAGGUGGUUCUGUGGCCUCACUUUCUAUCUCGAAAGCUGUGAGCUUUCUUACCUCGUCUCUAUCAGUAUGUUCAGUUUUUGGUUUUCAAAACUUGUUGACACGUCGUAAAUUUAUAAUAAUGGCCCCUGUUCGCUGACUAACAAUGCAUUAACCCCUUUAGCGAGCAGUGGGAAUAUAUACUCCCUACUGUUGGCUUUUUGCUGCUGAGCUUACAGUGAGCAUUUUUCCUACUGCAUGACAGUCACCCUCUAGUGGCAACAAUGCAAAACAAAAAAUUGCUCAUGUCAUCUUUUAUACUCCACCAUGAGCUUCACAGACACUGCUUUUCUCAUGCAGUGCACAAAACAUGCAGUAGGUACUGAACUAGUGCAAAGGCAGCAAGGAAAAAAAAAGUAAUAAAGUAACCUUUCUAAGCAUUUUCUUCUUUUUGAAAUACUAUAGCCAAGUAAUGUUUCUGUGACGUCUACAAAAAUUUGCCUCUUAGAGUUUAAAAAGCUGCCAUUCAAUUAUGGCACCGCAUGCUGCCAUGAGUUUGAUACCAUUGCCAGGACGCUGUGAUGACAGAACCAAGUUUGGAGUAAAAAGCACCAUCAUACAAGCUACUUCCUGCGAACAUUGCCUGGCUGUUGGGGCUCCACUGACUUGCUUGUGACAAAAUGUGGUCAACAGGAUCAUGCGGUUUCUCCAGGCUAAAGUGUCUAAUUGUCCGAUGUUUUGACUGACGAGUUCAGAUAUGUUGAAUUUGAUUUGAAAGAAAGGGAAGCUUCCUUUCACACUGUCAUUCUUAUUUUAUUUUUCGCGCUUUGUUCUGGCUUUGUGAAACGUCCAAAGGGCCAGGGUAUCCAAGGUCUGUCUUGAGCAGUUAAUUGCCAUUGCCAAAAUUUAUUAAUGGGGCUUGAGCUCUUGCUUACCUUUUGGCAUCACUUGAUUGACUGUUCCAUUUUCUUGCCAGUUCCAUGCUCUUGUAGUGAUUGUGGUGCUCUGGAGCUUUCAAUGUGAGCUGCACAGGUGACCCUGUCUUUACCCUAGCUGGUCGUAUGUGCAUUCGAGUUCGUGGUCAUUGUUGGUAUUUUGCAUUGUGUUUUGCUUUGUGCUCUUCAGCUUUUUAUUGGCGAUCCUAUUUUUGCUUAGUUCACCCAUUGCUGCAUGUUUUUCUUUUUUCUUUCGUUCUUUUUUGUAGCAAUGCAUUUUGGCUGGGUCUGUCAGCAUGUUAAAUGAUGCUAUUUUUAAUACUUUACCAUAUGCUGCGUGCUUUCCUGUUGAAAGGCGGUGCUUGCUGCUUGUAGUAGUCCUAUCUUAUGUUGUGCUCUGUGGGUUCUUACAAUUUUUUUUUCAUGAUCCUAUUUUUUUUUUGCUCGCUUUUGUAAUGCGCUCGAUGCCUUUGUUGCCCUGUUAACAGGCACAGAGAGAGGCUGUGUCAGUGUAGUGAUUACAACUGGUAAACAUACUUGACUGUGUGAUUGGUUGUUUGACAUUAUGCAGAGGCCCUUUUACAUUAGUUUCCAAUAGGUUCAUGUCAUUCUGCUGGCCUGCGCAUUUCAAGUGCACACCUCACUUGACCUUUGUUACAUCUGAAAACAGCACAAAUAGCUGCCUUGUUUUAUUAUGUCUUUCCGCAUAGACACCCUUUAUGCAACACACUUUUAUAGCUUUGUGCAAACUGAUGUCCAGGCAGACAUGUCUCUUGUCCACCCCCUGACGGCUUUAUGGGUAUCACUGCACAUUGGAUGGCGUACAUGCAGAUUAGGGACGAGUGAAUUCGUGGUUGAUGUCGGUCGUGUUUAUGUCAUUUUAAAACAAGGAAAGACUGUAAUUGUAUGUCUCAAUAUAUAAUUCAUUGGGUGCCUUGGUUCGAGUAUUUCAGCUUUGUUUUAGGUGCAGUGUUAAUUAUUUUUAUCUGUUUUACAUUACCCAAAAUGCUUUUAUUUAGGGGUGUGCAAAUAUUCGAAAAGUUUGAAUAUUAUAGAAUAUUAUAUUUUUAAUGUUUGUAUUCGAUUAAAAAAAUAGAUAUUCAAAAAUGUUCUAAUAUGUGGUUGAAUACGAAUAUUUGAAUCAAAUUGAAUAUAUUGCUGGCUGUGUGGGAGCACGAA